AUGCCUCAGUUGCUACUGACAAUAAGUUGGAUAUUUCUAUUGCGCCUGGGUGUUUUGUGCCAAGAAUCAGCUGUCAUUGAAGAAAGUUUGGUGGACCAAUACGCAAAUUUUGUCCAAGCAUUCAAGCAAUCGUUUACGAAAGUGAUUUGGCCUGACAAAAGUUGGAACCUGGUCGUGGUCAGUGUCUUGACUAUUGGAUUAGCAGUGCUUAUUACCAGGCCGUUUAUUAAAAGCAGGUCGAAAGACAGUUAUUUUGAUUGGAUCAUGGCAGGACUCGGUGAGAAAUUCAAUUCAGCGCUGACAAGAUCUUCUUCCGCUUUAGGAUUCAGGAACUCACUCUUCUCGAGCAGCGAUCCUUCUGCACGAGAGAGUUAUCAAAAAGCAAUGAAUUUAGGCGGAUCCAUUGGCGGUUUAAUGAAUGAUGGCAACACAUGCUUUAUGAACAGUGUUUUACAAAGUCUAGCUUCCUCGAACGAAAUAAUGGACUUUCUCGAAAGCUUCACCGAGAAUGAGAAUAUUUCUCCCCAAAAUAAGCCCCCUUUUUCUUCUGCAUUAUACGAAUUGCUCAGAAAGUUGAACGACAAGCAUGGCAAUAAAUCCCCUACGUACAAGACACGCAAUCUCCUGAAAGUGAUGAAAGAUGGCCCCAGCAAGCAUUUGUUUUUGGGCUACAAUCAAGAGGAUGCUCAGGAGUUUUACCAGUCGGUAAUGAGUCAAGUUGAAAAAGAAUAUGUUGGGGACGAUUCAAAAGAGAAGGAAAAAGGACAGAUCCAAGACAAAUUCGUUGAUUACGAAGACGGAAUGAUGACAGGUUUGCAAAACCUGGGUGAUUUAGGAACCAUUUAUCUGCCUGCUAAACAGAUUGACCCUUCUUAUCCUAAUGCGGACUCUAAAGUAUACCCAAUGAAACUCAUCACUCCAGUUGAUGGACUUCAGUGCGAGCGAAUUGGUUGCAUCAAAUGUGGAGAGAUGGGAGGAAUACGCUAUUCAGUCAUAAGUGGGCUAGGUUUGAAUUUGUCAUCUCCUACUCAAUCAACCUAUACGCUCGAGGAAUUGUUGGACGGGUGGAUCGAACAAGAAAUCAUCGACGGUGUGGAAUGUAACAGAUGCGGUCUAAUUGAGAUCAGAGCUACUUUAAUCGAAGCCCUCGAAAAAUACAAAGAGCAAGGCUCCAAAACGGAGAAACUUGUGGAGCUCACUUCUAAACGAAUUGGGGAAAUUGAGGAGGAACUAGCGAAACCAAUUAUCAAUGACGCCGUGUAUGAAAGACUUCACACCAAAAACAAGAUUCAAAAAUCGAAGAAAACUAAGCAAGUGUUUUUCGCAAGGCCUCCUCCAGUUCUGUGCAUACAUAUAAGUCGCUCGGUGUUUGAUCCUAGAACCUACACUGUGCGCAAGAACAACGCAAAAAUUGUUUUCCCUACUAGGCUCAAUUUUGCUGAUUACGUUGCCGAGCCUGAUAAUAUAAACACGGAUGCACGAUUACCGUUUAGAAAAAGUGACGAUGAGGGUGAAGAUAAAGGUAGAGCAGAUGCUGAAGACUCUAGCUCAUCCAACCUGAAAUACUCGCUCAAAUCUGUCAUCUCACAUUUCGGAACGCACAACUAUGGGCAUUAUAUUGCAUACAGAAAGUACCGUGGAGUCUGGUGGAGGAUAAGUGACGAAAUAGUCAGGGUGUCUUCUGAGGCUGAGGUGCUUGCUUCUCAGGGAACUUUCAUGUUAUUUUAUGAACUAAGCUCUCGAAACGAUCCUAGAGAUGACUUUGAAUCCCAGGAACUUGAACCCCUGACUCCAGUAAAUACUGAAGCUGAUGGAGAAUCGAAAAUGAAUCAAAGUGGGGAUUCGAAUUUGGAAAGUGCAUUUGAUGGGGGUGAACCUCUCGACGACAAUCUCCGUGUGAAUUCAGAGGAAGAGUUACGACAAAAUGAGAUGAUUGCCAUACAAGCCAACUUGUGA